AAAGGCAGCUUAAAAAAAUCUCUUAUCCUCCUUGCUCCUCACACCCACACAACAUUUCUCCUCUCCUCUUUAUCCGUCUUCUCUUUCACUCUGUCUAAAUAAUACAUAUAAUAACACCAUCACCAUGUAUACGCACACUUAACUUUAUCUUCAUCUUUAUCUUUCCUCUACACAUCUCUUCAUUUAUCAUCAUCAUAAUCAUCAUCAAGGACUAGUCUCUGUUUGAUCUCAGGAACAAUGAGUUCUGUACAAGGACCUGUUAUUUGCCCUGCAACAGUCCAUGCAAAACAGACUGGAGCUUAUAAGCUACCUAUAAAUGGACCUUUAAUGAAAAAUAGAGUUCUUAGAAGUGGAUUCUGGGGGUUCAAAGGGUUCAAUGGCAGCAGGAUUAAUGUGGGCAAUCAACCGCGAUUCCAGAAGGGCAAGGUAGUGAAGUGUAGUUUCAGCUCAUCGUCCAAUGGUAAUGGUAGUACGGCUGAAAAUUUUAAUGAAAAUGAUGCAGAUUAUGUGAACUCCAGUGUUGUUGAAGCUGUUGAGGUGAAGAGCAGUGCAGAUGGUUUCAUGAUCAAGAUGAGAGAUGGUAGGCAUUUAAGAUGUGCCCAUAACAACCCUCAUGGAGGGCAUCUUCCUGAUUAUGCUCCUCAUCCUGCAAUUGUGCUAAAAAUGGAAGAUGGGACUGGUCUACUACUUCCUAUUAUUGUUUUGGAGAUGCCAAGUGCACUGCUGAUGGCAGCCAUGCGCAGCGUCCACAUUGCUAGGCCUACAAUGUAUCAAGUUGUUAAAGAAAUGAUUGACAAGAUGGGAUAUGCAGUGAAACUUGUUCGAGUCACAAAGAGAAUACAUGAGGCAUAUUUUUCACGUCUGUACUUAACAAAGUUGGAUGAUGAAAAAGAAAGUAUUAGCUUUGAUCUUAGACCUUCGGAUGCAAUCAACAUUGCUGUAAGAUGCAAGGUGCCAAUACAAGUAAACAAGUUUUUGGCAUAUAGUGAUGGAAUGAAAAUAAUCGAGCCAGCAAAAAUUUCAAUUCCUGGUUCUUCAGAUGGCUUACUAUUCACAGAACUGGACAGGCCCAAUGGCCAGCCUUGUGUUGAAACAAAGGAAUUCGAUCUUGUGCGCAACAUGCUGAAAGCUGCUAUUGAGGAACGCUACACUGAUGCUGCUCAGUGGCGGGAUAAACUUAGCCAAUUCAGAUCAAAGAAAAAUUGGGCUUAGCAGGACCAAAGAAUUUGUACAUAGAACCCAUAUUUCAGAGUACCUGCUUCCUCAGCAAAUUAACUAUAAAAGUAUAUAUAUUAAUGUAUAUGUAAGAUGAUUGUGAAUAUUUUGUAAAUAAUCUUCAUAUGACGGACAUGUUUUAGUGCUGCUGUUUGAUGUUACAUCCAGUUGAUUGCUUCAA